CAGGGGCGGAGCUUAUUGGUCGGUCAUUGAUCAGACAGACAGCAGCAGGACUGGAGGUGUUAAAGUAUGAUGGACUCUGUCACAGGACUGAUUGCUGGGGCAGCAGGGGGCGGAGCUCAGGCUAAUGAGGGUGUGGAGGAAGGGGGCGGAGUCAGACGGAGAGCCCCUCCAAUUGAGAUGAAGCUGGUGCCGCUGGAGGAGUCAGAUGUCACGCUCAACAGUGACAUCACCGCACUGAUGCUGCAGCAGCAUGUCAACCGCAGGAAAGCAGCAGUUUACCUCACACUGACCGGCCUGCUGAUCUUCACUACAGCGUUCCUGCUGGGAUACGUGGCGUUUCGCGGGAUGUGUCAUCUGUGCCGCAGCGAGCCGGACAACAUUCCUCUGAGCGACGCUCUGGGAGAUGACCGGCAGCCUGAGGGAGCAGUCCUGUACAUGGUAGAGCUCAGAGAGAUGAUGAAAAAAUACCUGAAGGAGGAGCGCAUCGAGAACACACUCAGGCGUGUGAGCCGGGCAUCUCAUCCUCCGGGCUCAUCUGAAGGAAAUGCCCUCGCCAGAGAAAUCCUGCAGAACCUGCAGAACCUGGGCAUGGACCACACCUGGACCGACUCGCACUACGCCACACUGCAGUUUCCCUCCAGGACGCAGCGGAACACUCUGUGGUUAGUCGAUUCUGAGGGGGCGGAUUUUGAAGAGAUUCCAUUGGACAGUGAGGGAUACUGUGCUUAUAGUGCCACUGGAACAGCCACGGGUGGUUUGGUGUAUGUAAACUAUGGUCGGCGUGAGGACUUUGAUCAGCUGCGUGUGAUGGGCGUGUCCCUCAACGGCUCCAUUGCCAUGGUGCGGGUCGGAGGGGGCGUGAGCUUUGCUGAAAAGGUGUGGCUUGCGCAGGAGGCGGGGCAUGUGGGCGUUCUCAUCUACCCUGAUCCUGCCGACGUUCCACAGGAUCCACGGCGACUCGGGCUCCAUAGCAACGCCGUCAUCUCAGAACACGUGCAUCUGGGCUCUGGUGAUCCGUUCACACCUGGGUUUCCCUCCUUUAACCACACCCAGUUCCCGUCCACCCAAUCAUCAGGCCUGCCAAUCAUUCCGGCCCAGCCAAUCAGUGCCAACGUGGCUGCCAAACUGCUGAGCCAGCUCUCAGGUGCAGUGUGUCCGCGUGGUUGGCAGGGUCGUCUGCCAUAUGUUCAGUGUGUUCUGGGUCCGGGCUUCUCUGGUGUGGGUGUGCGGCGGCUGAAGAUGGCCGUCUACAACAGCAUGAAGCCGGUGCUGCUCAACAACAUCUUUGCCUCCAUUGAGGGAAAAGUGGAGCCCGAUCACUAUAUAAUAAUCGGGGCCCAGAGGGAUGCGUGGGGCCCAGGGGCCGUGAAGUCUGGCGUGGGAACGGCCCUCCUGAUGGAGCUAGCAAGAACAUUCAGCAACAUGGUGGAAAACGGCUUUUCCCCGCGCCGCAGUCUGCUGUUUGUCAGCUGGGAUGGAGGAGAGUUUGGGAAUGUUGGCGCCACUGAGUGGCUGGAGGGUUACCUGACGAUGCUGCACCUGAAGGCUGUGGCGUAUUUCAGUCUGGAUCAGGCCAUCCUGGGUGAUGAUGUCCUGUCGGUGUACAGCAGUCCUCUUCUCUCUCACCUCAUCGAAGGAGCCAUCAAACAAGUGGAGCACCCCAAACACACGGGACAGUCCAUCCUCUCUCUGGUGCAGCGGCAGGGCGGAUGGAGGAACAUAGUCAAGCCGUUGUAUCUGAACAGCGGCGCGUACAGUUUUACCGCAUUCGGAGGAGUUCCUGCCAUGCAGCUGCAUUUCACUGAGGACGCUCGCUCUUACCCAUUCGUCAACACUCAGCUGGACAGUGUGGGGCGUCUGCAGGAGCUCCUGCAGGGGCGUCUGGGCUCAGUGGGUCGAGCCGUGGGUGAGCUGGUGGGUCUGAUGGUCCUCAAACUGGCCCAUGAUCACAUCCUUCCACUGGACGUGUCCUGCUACAGCAGCAGUGCUCAGCAGCUCAGCUCCACACUCAGCCUGCACGCCGCACAGCUACAGUCUCGAGGGUUGUCUCCGCAGUGGGUUUUCAGCGCACGCGGCGAUUACAGCAGAGCCGCCAAAAACCUACUGGAGGCCAUCAAAAACAGCGACACGCAGGAUGAAAAACUGGCCCGACUCUACAACACACGCAUAAUGAGGGUUGAGUACUACUUUCUGUCUCAGUACGUAUCAGUGGUGGAGACGCCGUUCCGGCAUGUGUUUCUGGGGCGUGGAGAUCACACACUGAGCUCUCUGGCAGAUCAUCUGAGCCAGCUGCGUUUGGAGCCGCAUCGCUUCGAUGAGGCCCGUUUCCGAAAGCAGCUAGCGCUCUUCACAUGGACACUGCAGGGAGCCGCUAAUGCGCUCAGCGGAGACGUCUGGAACAUCGACAACCCACUGUAGAGACAAACAAACCGGCAACUAUUUAUACUCACACACACACACAACAUUAGCUGUGUUUCCAUUCACAGAUGCUAACUAGAUUUGUGCGCAAACUUGAAAUAUUGCAUAAAAUGUUUGCAAGUAAAGCAACGUUCGAGGCAAAGAGAAGAAAAUCAUCACUUCCUGCUAAAACUGCACAGAUAUCACUGAGAGAAGUGUAGUUUGCUGCACUGUUGGGAUUCGCCACUGUGAUGUUUGUACCUCUGUAGUUGCACCUCAGAAGACGAAACGUAAUGAACGCAUUGAAUGCAGUGGCUUUUGGAGGCGAGAGUGCAGACAGAUGCUCAAAACAGUUCUGGAGGAAAUAAAAACAGAACAAUAAUACUGAAGCACUGUGAUGACAGACUGAUGGAGGGCUGAGGCCUUUUACUGUCACACAACUGAUUAAGCUAGUUUUCUCAUGAUCAUGACAUAUCAGAAAGUUGUUCUCUCGUUAUCAUGACACAAUUUUCUCAUUAUCAUGACAUUAUCAAGUUUUCUCCUUAUCACGACUUUACUCAUGAUCUUGACAUAACAAAAGGUGUUCUUGUUAUCACAACUUAAUUUUCUCGCAAAUAUUCCAAAAUGCGCAUACAAAUAUGUAGAUGGAAACACAGCUAUUGACCCCAAUUUCACUGCACCACAUCUGGUUCAUUGUUUCUGCUCGAUACGGCUGGUUUGCUAUGUUCUUUCUCAUCUUUUUUUUUUCAUGAAAUUGUCAGUGACCUCAAGCUACGUCUACAUUAAUCCAAAGACUAUCGAUAUACACAAAGACGGUCCACUCGCACAACUGCCCUCAUAGAAAUCUAAUAUAUGAAAAUAUAUGCAAAUUAUAUAUAUGACAGACAAGUUCAUAUUUGGAUUUCACAUUUAAAAAAAGUCAUAUAUGGGGUGGCACGGUGGGUCAAUGGUUAGCACUGUCGCCUCACAGCAAGAAGGCUGUUGGUUCGAGUCCCAGCUGGGUCUGUUGGUGUAUCUGUGUGGAGUUUGUAUGUUCUCCCCGUGUUGCUGCUCCGGUUUCCCCCACAGUCCAAACACAUGCGUGAUAGGGGAAUUGAUGAACUAAAUUGGCCGUGUGUAUGGGUGUUUCCCAGUACUGGGUUGCGGCUGGAAGGGCAUUCGCUGUGUAAAACAUAUACUGGAAUAGUUGGCAAUUCUUUCCGCUGUGGCGACCCCUGAUUAAUAAAGACACUAAGCUGAAGGAAAAUGAAUGAAUGAUUUUAUUAAUGUGUUUAUAUAUGGCCAUAUAUGUAAUUAUAUCUAAUAUAUAUAUAUACAUUAUUAAGUUUUAAAAACUGUAUUAAUCCCACCAGGGGCAAUUAGAUUAGGGUAGUAUAUUUCAUGAAUACAACAAACACAUAAAGAGACAAAUCACUUACAAACAGUGUUAAAAAACACAAAACAGCUUCAUAAUGACUUCAUAAACAGUACUAAAACAUAGGAAAGACCCGAAUAUUAAAAAUGGAAAACUUGCUAAAAUGUAAGGUUGUAAAGCCUUAUUGCCUCAGGAACAAAGGAGAAUUUACAUCUGCUAGAAGAGCAUCUGGUGCUUCUAAACCUUCUUCCAGAGGGCAACAGAACAAAAAAGAAAGACUUCAGAGGAUGGACAUCAUCUCCUAUCACACUUUGAGUUUUCCUUAGCAUUUGCUGUUCGC